AUCUCCUCUUUUCUGCAUUUUCUUAGCUCCCCGCAGAUGGCGACAGUUGACGACGCUAAACUUCACAUCGCCAUGUUCCCAUGGCUAGCCUUCGGUCACUUGAUACCAUUCUUAGAAGUCGCCAAGCUCUUGGCACAAAAGGGUCACCAAAUCUCCUAUAUCUCCACCCCUCGCAACAUCGACCGUCUCCCAAAACUCCCUCCAAGCCUAUCACCUUCCAUACACUUCAUAAAACUCCCUUUACCUCACGUCGAACACCUCCCUGAAAACGCAGAGGCCACACCUGAUCUUCCCUACAACAAAAUCCCCUACUUGAAACUUGCAUACGACGGCUUGAAGGACUCGCUGGUGAAGUUUCUAGAGACAUCGCAUCCAGAUUGGCUUAUUUAUGAUUCCGCUCCAUACUGGUUACCCCCUUUGGCGCGAAAUCUCGGAAUCCCCAACGCCAUCUUCAGCAUAUACUUUGCUAAUGCUUUGUGUGCACUGAAACCUACUUCUCCCUUACUUUCGGAGGUAGUCGAUGAUCGUAAAAAUCCAGAGGAUUUCACGGUGCCUCCUAAUUGGAUCUCGUUCCCUUCUCCGAUUGCAUUUCGACUUUUCGAGAUCAAUAGAAUCUUUGACAGCGUGACGGCUUUGGAUUCGCAAGUUUCAGAUCUAGAUCGAAUAGAAGGAGUUUUUAGAGGCUGCGAUGCUAUAUUUCCAAGAGGUUGCUGGGAGUUCCUGCCAGAAUAUUUACAUCUUCUACAAGAACUUCACCAGAAACCUGUAAUUCCGGUCGGUUUACUUCCACCGACAUAUGAAGGUAUUAACGAUGACGACGAGCCGUGGAGGUCCAUGAAAGAGUGGCUAGACAAGCAAGAGAAAGGGUCCAUAGUGUACAUAGCUUUUGGAAGCGAGGCAAAACCAAGUCAAGAAGAAGUCACUGAGAUAGCCCUUGGGUUGGAGCUCGCCGGAUUACCCUUCUUCUGGGUUCUGAAGACUCGACUAGGAUUGGCUGAUAGUGAGGUCGUAACAUUACCUGAAGGGUUCGAGGAGCGAACCAAAGGGCGGGGUUGGGUGUGGACAAGUUGGGCACCUCAACCAAAGAUUUUGAGCCAUGAUUCAGUAGGUGGGAUCUUGACUCACUCGGGGUGGGGUUCUGUCGUGGAAGCAUUAAUGAACGAGAGAGCGAUUAUUCUGCUCACGUUUUUAUCGGAGCAAGGGUUGAAUGCUAGGAUUCUGGAAGAGAAGAAGAUGGGGUAUUCGAUUCCCAGGAACGAAAACGAUGGAUCAUUUACGAAGGAAGCAGUGGCGAAGUCGCUGAGGUUGGUGAUGGUGGAGGAAGAAGGUAAGGUUUACAGAGACAAGGCUAAGGAGAUGAAGGGGUUGUUUGGAGAUAGGGAUUUGCAAGAUCAUUACACGGACAACCUUGUCAUGUACCUCAAGAAUCAUAGAAACCAAAAAAAUUCGCGAUUCAUGAGCGUAUAAAUUGCGUGGUCAACCGGUGGUGGACUGAGGUGCACUCUAAAAUACUGUAAUCUAAAUAAUGUUAUGAAGUGUUU